AUGGAAAGCUGUUUGAAAUCACUACCUCGUAAGAGCUACAAUACAUUUGGUGUAGUAUUUAUUACUUCAUUUGUAUCAAUUGGUAUUGUUCUAAUUGGGAUCGCGAGUGAUUUCGAGUCAAAAGCGACGUUGCAAUGUAACCCAGACAAGUCCCUCGCGAGCGACUUAUCAACAAGGAAGUUCAUCGACACGCAAUGCUUUCUCAAAUACGCACAAGAAUUCCUUCCUUCGUUGCCUCUCCACGUCCUGUUUGUGAUAAAUUUUGGACUUGUGCUUUUACUCAGUAUUAUCUACGCUUAUUCAGUGAAACAUCGUGUUGAAAUCUUUGCCGAUCCUCCGAAUGCAACGAGCGAUGGCGCCGAAGACGAAAGCCAGCCGCUGUCGGGUAUUUCACAAGCUGCAUCAGACCCUAUGGCCUACCAAAAUUCUGGUCGUCCUAUUGUCUUUACAGUAUAUAUUAUGCAUUUGAUCCUUUGCCGUAUAAUACCAUUGGUAGCAUUCGCAGCAUUGCUCUUAACUUCAUCGAAUUUUCCAGUUCAAUUUCAUUGUCCUUGGCCAAUACAAACAAUAAGUGUUUCCGACGCAAACUUCACAGAAAGCCAAACUACGAACCAUUCAAUUGUGGACUGCAGUUUUCCUAUGGGCAGCAAAAAUGAAAAACUAGUUUCCACGGUUCUAACAGCAAAUAUCCUCUUUGGUACAGCGACGUCCAUGAAGCUUGCCUAUCUGUUGUGGUCAACAUGGAAAGAUCGUACUCUCUGUACUGACAUGGAAUUUUGUUGUGUUUACCUUUUGAGAAAGCGUAAAAGAAUAAAAAAUGUAAUAAAAAAGAUUCGAGAAAAAAUACCAGAUGAUUUUUUUCGCUUGCAUGAUGAUUUUGGUGAGAAACGUUUGUCACGUCGAAAACUGGAAGAAAUGGCGGUCAAUGUUAUAGUUCAGGGGGGAAGGGAAGGUACCUGGACUUCCAGUAGAACGUUUGAAAAUAGACACGAGACAUACCAAGCUCAUUUUAUAGCACCAGCAGAUGCAACUAUCCUCACGAUAACAGCAGAUUUAUUUAAACCCAAAUAUGUUUACGAACAACGACGCCCCAAAGCUAUUCUUGUUGUGGGCAGGCCAGGUAUUGGCAAAACGCUCCUGACAAAAAAUUAUUUUACGAAUGGCAACAGCAAAAAUCCGAAUUCUGGCAUGGUAAAAUAGUAAUUCUAAUUCGAUUUCGCGCUUUCAACAAAGGGGAAACAAGUCUUCGAGAAAUGUUGCGCCGUUCUGAUGGACUCAAUAUGUCAUCAGCUGAUUUUAAUUAUAUGUAUGAAUACAUGUGUUUGUUUCCAAGUAAUGUCAUUCUUGUUUUUGACGGGCUGGACGAACUUAAAGUAAAUUAUCAGCCUUUGCCUGAAGAAAAGACUGUAAACAGUCACAAUGAAGUUACGCAUAUACUCCAGAUAUUUAAACAGCUAGUCAAAGGCACGCUGUUGCCCGGAGUCACAGUGUUAACCACGUCUCGACCCACUGCAGAGCAAAUUUAUGUAUAUCUAGAAUUUGAUCGAGAGGUUGAGAUUUUGGGUUUUCAUGAGGAACAAAUUAAAGACUAUGUUGAAAGGUUUUGCCGUCAUGACAUACAGAAAAGUUCAGAGAUAUGGCAUUUGAUCAAGGAGUCACCAGAGCUGUUAAGCUUAUGUUACAUACCUGUUAAUUCCUAUAUUGUCUGUUUAACAUUAAAGGAAAGCAUUGGAGUUGAUAAGCAAGAAGAAGUUGUAGGUCAGCGCAAUGUCCCAAGAACAAUUACAGAGUUCUACAAAAGAGCUAUAAAGAUUUUACUGUUCAGGCACAAUUUAAAAUACAAGGAUAAACCAAUUCCAAAGGAUUACAUUAUCGCAGAGCUUCCCGAACAGCUGCAAAACGACUUGGACAAACUUAAAGGAAUUGCAAGAGAUGGAAUGAUAAACGACCAGUUAGUAUUUGAAUUUGAAAAUAGCGAUGAAGUUGUUGCCGAAUUAUCGGAUUCUGGUUUAUUCAAUAAAUUGGAGGACAAACGACAAACCUUCUUCUGUUUUCUUCACCUUACGAUUCAGGAGUGGUUGAUGAUAUGGAGAAUGUUGAAUCAUUUUUAUCUGAACAUUUUAUAGAUCCCAAGUGGCAUUUGGUGAUCCAGUUUGUUGCUGGGUUAAUUGGAGACAAAAUAAGAGAAUUGAAGGAAGAAAGAAAUAGAUCAAAAAGGUAGGCUUAUAAAAAAUAUUAAAAAAUUAUUAUACUCACGAUUAAAACAUUUCUAUAAAAAAUGAUAGAUUUCACGUUUAUGAAUCAUGUAAUGUGAUUAAAGGUGUAUAAUUAUUAAAGGCUUUUAUUAUAUAACGUAUAGUGCUUUAUAGAGAUUUCGAGCGCUGAUAAAAGUGAUAAUCUCACCACAGGCGGCCCAAUCUCGCAAGGGUCAGUAUAGACUUAUAGUACUAGGUUACCCACAGGGCAGUAAUGCUGCCUUUGACAGCAAAAGACAAACUACAGGGUGUUGAACGAGUCCUUCAGAAACAUCCUAUUAUUGUUAUCCUAGCCUGCAUAGCGGCUCUCAGAGAAAGUAGAUCUGAUGGCCGCUACGCAGGCUAUUGUUAUCCUUGUUAACCCAUUUAUUGACAGCACGGCCCUACCACUGACUGAGUAUUAAAAAUCGUCUGGCGUUGGACAGGGUAAAUACUAAAGUCAUUACUGUGUAGAUGGAUUAACAAGAGCCAUUGGCAGAUAGGUUUGUUAACCCAUUUACUGGCAGUACCCUGUACCACUGACGAGUAAAAUUUUCUGGCGCUGGACAAGGGAAGGGCGCAUUGCCAGCUAAUGGGUUAAACCACCGUGGUUAAACAUAAGAUUUGAUGCUCCAGGAAAUGUAAACAAACUAUCAGUGUGACAUCCCAGUUUAUAUAUUUAUACACUCGGAAUAUUGAUUUCUCGGUAAAUACAAAAUUAUUUUAAAGUAUAACAACCAGCGAAGACGUAAGCCACUAACUACUCUGCGCGGCUGCGCGCAGACUAUAUAAUGACAUAUAUAUAUAUUAUCCGUCCGGUCCGUCCGUCGCCAUCCGUCCGUCCGUCCGUCAUUCAUCCGUCCGUCCGUAUCCCCGUUUUAUCCUAACUCGUUUUUAAAACACAAAGUUUGCAUAAUUAAGGCAGUGCGGUUCGUCAUGAUCAACAUUUUCAAAAGCGGCCAAUUAGACCAGGGGUUAAAGGGCAAUGACAAUGACAUGCAGGUGACAUUUAACAUUGUGUCUCACUAAUUAAAAUUUGCGUGUUUAUUAAUAAUAAUGUUUAUGAAAGAAAGCAAAAAUAUAUACAAGACAAUUUCACAUGUGAAAUUGUUUCACUUCGUACUGCCUUGUGAUGCAGUACAAGUAUAAACACCAAAUGACAAAGCAUUUGUAAAUCCUAAAACAUAAUUAAAUCAUACUAUUGUAUUUCAACCGCGCGUUUAUACUGCUUGGCGCAUUCGCUGCGUUAUAUUCAUUUAUAUACACAGAAAAGCAUGUCAUUGUCUUAAGUUUGCGGACCAUAGGCAAAAAGCAUUCGUCAACCACAUACCAAAUUUAAGCAAUCGUUAAAUCAUAUACAUGUCAUGGAAAGAAUAUGAAAAUAAUGUUGAAUGAAAGCUAGCUGUAUAAUGUUAAAAGCAUUGCAUAUAGUGCCGAACCACUGCCGGUAUAAUUGCAAAAGCACCGCGUAUAUAAAUGGUGAAAGCACCGCGUAUAAUGCUGGAACCACAGCGUAUAAUGCGGGAACCACCGCGUAUAAUGGCGAAAGCACCGUGUAUAAUGCCGAAAGCGCCGCCGUAUAAUGCUAAAAGCACCCAACAAAUUGCCGUUUGAUCACUUUAAGCCAGCUAUGGCUUUCCAUAAAAGAAGACCAAAGAUGAAAGAUGAUCACAUUGCCUGUUUGCCUUAUGCUCGACCGCGCUGCACCACGGUUAAAAUUCACUGGUACCGUCAUGCAAUGCGCCAAAUAGAAAAUUUUGAUAUCGACCCACAAAACAAAAUUAGGAUCUGCUGCCUUGCUCGCUCGCUCCAGGCUCGCUCGCUGCGGCAGCAAUAAAUGUAUAUUAUAUUAAUGUAUAUAAUAUUAUAGUAAAAAUAUGUCGUAAAAUAUAAAUUUUAAAAUGAAAUUGACUUGCCUAUUUGAUAGUGUGUGUUCUCCUUUUAUUCCUCCUUUGUUGCACUAAUAUUUUCCGAGACUUUGUACUCGAUGUUACUAGUAUACAUGAAACAUGAUAAAGGCUAACGAUUCCCGAUCGUCGAUACGACGGCACGGCACUUCGAAUCGAAAAUUCUCACACUCAAAUCGCUUUAUUAUCAAAAAAAAUUCGCCAGCAUGUACAACAAAUGCCGUUCUUCGAAAAUACAGAGGUAUUUCGGCGAGGUGUACAAGUUUUGGACCAUAUUUUAACAAUGGAAAUCAAAACCCAUUUUAUAUUGAACUUACCCGGACCGAAAAUUACUACGGCGAACGUCUGCGCAACCAGGCCUCCUUUACCGUUGGAUUUACAGGGGGGGGAGGAUGCCACUAAUAUAUUCACGAUAAUAUUUCGAAUUAAAGUAUCAUAUUCUACCAUACUUUCCAACAAAGAGCCGCUGUAUAUUACUUCUUCCUUAAAUUUCUUCAAUCUCCGUUGUUUAAUUUUCUUUUCUUCGACAACAUCUCGAGUUUUAUACAGCAUCCGAUCGAACGAGUUUUUAUUUUGAAUAUCAAAUUUCAAAUAAUGUAAACAGUCGCUACGCGGCCGCGAUUGGCUGGCUGUUACCGGAAAUAUCUGCUUUCCCCCCUGUAAAUCCAACGGUAAAGGAGGCCUGGUUGCGCCGACGUUCGCCGUAGUAAUUUUCGGUCCGGGUAAGUUCAAUAUAAAAUGGGUUUUGAUUUCCAUUGUUAAAAUAUGGUCCAAAACUUGUACAUCUCGCCGAAAUACUUCUGUAUUUUCGAAGAACGGCAUUUGUUGUACAUGCUGGCGAAUUUUUUUUGAGAAUAAAGCGAUUUGAGUGUGAGAAGUGCCGUGCCGUCGUAUCGACAAUCGGGAAUCGUUAGCCUUUAUCAUACUAGUAACAUCGAGUACAAAGUCUCGGAAAAUAUUAUUGCAACCUCGAGUGCAACAAAGGAGGAAUAAAAGGAGAACACACACUAUCAAAUAGGCAAGUCAAUUUCAUUUUAAAAUUUAUAUUUUACGACAUAUUUUUACUAUAAUAUACAUUAAUAUAAUAUAAUAUACAUUUAUACUAUAAGUCUAUACUGACCCUUGCGAGAUUGGGCCGCCUGUGAUCUCACAUGUGAAAAUUAUCGCUUUUCAAUUAUCGCUUUUCUGUAAAAAUUAUCGCUUUUCAAAGACUGUCCUUUAUAUAAUAAACAGAAAAAUACAUGGGUGCUUGGAAAUACUAGAUUUAUUUCUCAUGUUCAACACUCGAAAUAAAUCUGGUAUUUCCGCGCACCCAUGUAUUAUUCUCUACAUAAAUCACGAUCACAUCAAUUUUAUUAUUUUAAAACAUUCCUGCAAAUACCUAAAUAUCACAUUUAUGAAUUAUGUGAUGUGAUCAGAGACAGGAGUAGUAGGAGUGAAACAAUGAGACGGUUUGGAAAACAUCGAUGAAAUGUGGCUGGGUUUAUUGAUAGAUGAAUAGAAGGUAAAUAGAAGGAAUACAUCUCUUAUGCGAAAUAAAACAAAAAAUAUUUACGAGUGUUGCUAAGAUUUUAUUCUUUAAGAUAUACAUCAUCAAUCACUCUUACUGAUCAUUUAAUGGAAUAAAUUUCAAUCAUGAGAAAAUACAUUGUGCCGAGACGAACAGGCUUAGCAAUUUCCCAAAUUUUAAGCAGAAUCUGCCCAUGCAACUAAACACUAAAGGGGGGAGGGGGUUGUAGUCCCAAGGCCCUCUGUCUCGUACGCUUAUCGAUAAGAUAUAUACUUUAUUUUUCACCCUGCUCGGUUUCCUUUGUUCUUAUCGGGGAAUAUAUUCAAUAUUCCACUCUAUUCAAUUUCCGUUUAAUAAUCCCCUCUAAUAUUCACCUGCAAUUAAUAAUCCCCUCUAAUAUUCACCUGCAAUGUCUUUGCAGCACAAAAAAUGAGAAAAACAACAUCGCAAAGCAAUAUGGCAUUGAGAAUUAUUUCUUUUCUGACUCAUUAACGCGACCUCGCAGUGUGAAAAAUAAGUACGUUAUUUUGAGGCACCUCGGGGAUAUGUGUUUAUUCACCUCGGCGCUGCGCGCCUCGGUGAAUAAAUCACAUAUCCCCUCGUUGCCUCAAAAUAACCUAUACUUAUUCUGUUACGUUCGCGAGCGAGAACGAACAAAAAUAUAUGUUUGCAUCUUCGUUAUCUUUACGCUCGUUGUCCUCCCUGACCAGACACAGCGACACGCACUGGCCAAGUAGGCUUUCUCGUAUUUGUAAUAUCCUUCUUCUGAGAAUUAUAAACUUUGCGACGACAAUAAUUUCAACAAUAUCAAAUUCUUCUUGAACAACAACAACUAUUUCUAAACUUUUUAAUUCUCUUUAACAAUAUUAUCUAGCUUAAGCUUUCUCUGCUUAUAUACUAUCCGAUAGAUAUUUAUAGAACAUUACAUAAAUACUAUUUUUAGAUAUUAUGCAAACGAUAAAUAUGGCAAAAGCAUGACUCAGCAUAAUGACGUAAUGUCUUAAUUAAGAAUGUUCAUGACGUGACUGACUCACGUCACAAUUCAAGCACCAAUGUAACCCAUUGUAGCUAGUUCGCAGAAACGCCCAGUAUAGUAGACACCAAGUAACUAUAUAGCGGCAAGCAAUUUUUUUAAUAUUCCUUUCUAGGUCCACAGAGCUAACAAACAACAACGAAAAAAUUAUAAAACGCAUAUGCGAAAGGUACGUUAUUAAUAAUACACUGAGGAUCCAGGCAAUUUUCAUGCACGCGUAAACAUGAAGAUGUAUGUAAAAAACUAACCUGAAGUUCGGGCGUUGUGAAAACCCGGAAUAUCACGGAAUAUGGCGGAAUAUGCCGGAAUAUCACGGAAUAUGCCGGAAUAUGGCGGAAUAUCACGGAAUAUCACAACAUUUAUGGUAGCCAUGCGACUGUUUAUAAACAUAGACGUCUGACAACAUAUUUUGAUUACAAAAGUGAUGGAUCUUUCCCAUUUUGACGGUAAGUAACAAACAAUAACUCUAUACUGGAAGUUUUAUAUGUUGUUUAUUAUUACUAAUGUUCACCAAAAAUUUUGAAUCAAUAUGAUUUAAAAAAUUUUCCUGAGUUACAGCGUCUUGAAAAAUUAAAGUGCUGACGUCAGCACUAUUUUCGAACGCCUUCAAAAAUCAGAACUGUGUUAUACACAAAAUUUAGUUAAAAAUUCUUGGUUAAGGUUAAGACCAGGAACGCCGGGACGAUAAAAAGGCAAGAGGGGCAAACGGUACACCAAAGGGCACCUCUAUAGAUCCCGGUGAAGAGUAUAAACCUACGAUGCAAUUAUGUGUUGACUUGCCAAUGAAAGCAAACGCACAUUCAAAAUUACACCUCAUGAUUUUGCCCAAAAAGCAUCACUGCCUCUCCUAGCAAAAGGGGCAGCUGCCCCUCCUGCCACCCCCCGUAAAUCUGUCUUUUCGUCCCGUGACUUCUUACCUGAUAUAAACAAGAAUUUAAACAUUUUGGCUCAAUCGUCCUUGCCUUUAUUUUAGCAUUUUAUUUUUGGAUAAAUGCUUAGUGAUAUAAAAUUGACCAUUACAUAUGGCCACUAAGCAUUUAUCCAAAAUUCAAAUACUAAAAUAAAGGCCGAAGUUUGAGCCAAAAUGUUUAAAUUCUUGUUUAUAUCAGGCAAGAAUAUACAAUUACUUUAUGGUUUCCGUGUUUGGAUGGCCUGAUCCAAACACGCGGGAAUGUUGCGAGAGUUAAGAAAAGCGGGCGAAACACGAGCCGAAGGCGAGUGAUUUUGCCCGCUUUUCUUAACUCGAGCAACAUUCCCAAGUGUUUGGAUCAGGCCAUCCAAACACGGAAACCAUAAAGUAAUUGUUUUAUAAAAUAACAACAACACGAUAGUCUUACGUGUUUGGAUGGCCUGAUCCAAACACGGGUUUCGACCAAUCAGAACACGCGUUAUAUACAUGUUAUUUUAUAAGUCUAGUUCCAUCUUAACCUUAACCAAGAAUUUUUAACUAAAUUUUGUGUAUAACCAUAGUUAAUAGAAGAGAUGGUUUGGAAACUCAUUAGAAUAACAGUAUAACUCAUUAUCUAUGUUAGUGAACGUUUAUUCAUAAAUCUAGUCCUUCACCGUCACGUGCGUAUUGUAUUUUUGCCCAACUAACCAAUAGCAAUGUUCAGCUUGUCCGUGACUCGAAUAAUAGGAUAAAUUGGAAAUUGCUAUUGGUGGAUUUGGCAAAAAUACAAUACACACGCGACGGUGAAGGAACAUAUUUAUGAAUAAACGUUGGCUAACAUCGAUAAUGAGUUAUAUUGUUAUUCUAAUGAGUUUCCAAACCAUCUAUUCUAUUAACUAUGGUAUAACACAGUUCUGAAGGCGCAACGUCGUACCCAGGGUAUUUGCUCUUGGGAGCAAUAAUAAUAAUAAACAACAUAUAAAACUUCCAGUAUAGAGUUAUUGUUUGUUACUUACCGUCAAAAUGGGAAAGAUCCAUCACUUUUGUAAUCAAAAUAUGUUGUCAGACGUCUAUGUUUAUAAACAGUCGCAUGGCUACCAUCGAAAAAUAUCGUGAUGUCCAGGUAUAUUCCGGGAAAAUGUCGUGAUAUUCCGCCAUAUUCCGUGAUAUUCCGGCAUAUUCCGUGAUAUUCCCGCAUUCCGGGUUUUCACAACGCCCCCUGAAGUUCAGGCCCUAAUCACAGAAUAGGGCCUGACACAAAACCUAUCUAAACUGUGGGAUUCCCGUCCAUCUGGUGGACGGGAAAUCUGAUUGGUUGAUCAGCAUCAUGAAGGAUUUUGAUUGGUUGCAAGUUUACAUAAACAACAGUUUUAAAAAUAUGCCGCGUACGGUGGGAAAAAUAUUCAGUUUUCUUAAAUAUCUUUGUCUAGAUUUCAAGACUGGUUGCCACAGGAAAGAGAAAUACGCCAAAUAUGCAGAUAUGACAACACUUUUCUUUUCGUGAUAAAAUGUGUACACGAAAUGCAAGAAGUUUGUGUCAUGGAAUUAAUUGCCUCAUUUACGCCUGACAAUGAUGGUGAACAAUCGGAAAAUUUUCUUAUGGAUGCCUUAAAUAUUUCGCCGAUAGAAUCUACUGCUGUAUUUGAAUUUCUAAGCUACAUCAAGAACUUGAAUACGCUUGUAAUCCAUAAUUGUAACAUGGAACAUUUCGCUUUCCGUGAAUUGGCUAAGUUACUGAUUAAGGAUAAUAAUAUUUCCUUGCUAAUGAUACAACACGCUCAAAUUACGGAUAUAAAGCAUGCAAAACCUAUUUUUGAUGCAUUCAGUAAUGAAAAGUGUAAACUUCCUAAACUAAGCAUGGGUUUGAAUAGUUUAACAGAUGAAGGAGCUAAAUAUUUAAGUGAUGCCCUAAAGCGUGGUAAUUGUAAACUUACUCAGUUAGACAUAUUUAGCAAUGCAUUAACAGAUGAAGCUGCUAAAUAUUUAAGUGAUGCUCUGAAAAGUAGUAACUGUAAACUUACUCAAUUAAAUACUGGUUUCAAUCAAUUAAAUGAUGAAGGUGCUAAAUAUUUAAGUGCUGCUCUAAAGAGUGGUAACUGUAAACUUACUGAACUAAGCAUAAAUCACAAUGAAUUAAAAGAUGAAGGUGCUAAAUAUUUAAGUGAUUCUCUGAAGAGUGGUAUUUGUAAACUUACUCAAUUAAACGUAAGUGGCAAUGAAUUCACAGAUGAAGGUGCGAAAUAUUUAAGUGAUGCUCUGAAAAGUGCUACCUGUAAACUUACUCAAUUGGACAUAUAUGCUAUUGGGUUAACAGAUGAAGGUGCCAAAUAUUUAAGUGAUGCUCUGAAGAGUGGUAAUUGUGAACUUACUCAAUUAAACACUAGUUUCAAUAAUUUAGCAGAUGAAGGUGCUAAAUAUUUAAGUGAUGCUCUGAAGAGUGGUAACUGUAAACUUACUCGAUUAAGCAUAAGCAGAAACAGGUUAACAAAUGAAGGUGCUAAAUAUUUAAGUGAUGCUCUGAAGAGUGGUAACUGUAAACUUACUCAAUUAUACACUACUUCCAAUAAUUUAGCAGAUGAAGGUGCUAAAUAUUUAAGUGAUGCUUUGAAGAGUGGUAACUGUAAACUUACUCAAUUACCCUUAAGUUCCAGCAGAUUAACAGAUGUAGGUGCUAAAUAUUUAAGUGAUGCUUUGAAGAGUGGAAACUGGAAACUUACUCAAUUAAACAUAAGUAACAACAGAGUAACAGAUGAAGGUGCUAAAUAUUUAAGUGAUGCUCUAGUGAAGAGUGGUAACUGUAAACUCACUCAAUUAUGCACGGAUGGCAAUGAAUUAACCGGUGAGUGUGCUAAAUAUUUAAGUGAUGCUCUGAAGAGUGGUAACUGUAAACUUACUCGAUUAGACAUAAGUUCCAACAGAUUAACAGAUGAAGGUGCUAAAUAUUUAAGUGAUGCUCUGAAGAGUGGUAACUGUAAACUUACUCGAUUAAACAUAAGCAAAAACAUAUUAACAGAUGAAGGUGCUAAAUAUUUAAGUGAUGCUCUGAAGAGUGGUAACUGCGAACUAACUCAAUUAGACAUAAGUGAAAAUAAAUUAACAUAUGAAGGUGUUAAAUAUUUAAGUGAUGUUCUAAAGAGUGGUAACAGUAAACUUACUCAAUUAUACACUAAAUUAAGAGAGAACUUAACCUAA